AUGGUCAAGUUCUUCCAGUCCAGCCAUUCCUACGACCACGACUUUUCCACCGUCUCCCUGGCUUUUUUCAACCGGUACCCCAACCCGUACGCCUCGCACGUGCUUGCCGCCGACACAAUUGAGCGAUAUGUGGACACAGAUGGAAAUCUGCACACCACGCGUCUAAUUCUCAAGCAGGGCCGGCUGCCUAGGUUCGUCAAGCCUUUCCUCAAGCACAUUUCUGAGUCUUGGAUUAUCGAGAAGUCUGUUGUCGACCCCAAGCAGAUGGAGAUGGAGACCUGGAGCUCGAAUCUCGAGCACCGAUACAUCCUCAAGGUCGAGGAGCGAACCACGUAUCGACGUGAGGGCGCCGGAACCUGGUCGCAGAACCAGGUCUCCUUUGUUAGCAACUUUGCCGGCUGGGGAGUCAAGGACCGAAUCGAAAAGUGGUCCCUCGACCGAUUUGGGGAGAACACCGCUAAGAGCCGACAGGGCAUGGCCUUUGUCAUGGACCUGCUCAAGGAGAAGGGUCUGAUGCAUUUCCAGCGAGUUCAGCUUGGACAUGACUUCAAGUAA